AAAAAUAUAAAAUUCACGGCGCUUGCAAUCUUACCAGCUGUCAGCCAUCGAUUGUGAGAAUUUUUUCCUAUUUUACAAGCAGCAUUUAUCGUAAUUAAAAUUAAUUUUCACCUUCUGCACGAAAUUACAGUAUUGCUAACAAGUUUCUUGCAAAUCUGAUUGGGAAUGGAUAGUAACAUUCGUUACAAUAUGCCAUCCCAAACAAAUGAUGAUACAAGUGGGGAAGCAUCUAUACGUAACGAAGUACCUUCGUUGACUGUAACAUUGCCUACCGUACAAGGAGGUAUGCUUAGUCAUUCCAAUAACGCAUCUAUGGCCCAGGCUACUGUUACUACUAGAAUGGCUGAGGGUGAAGAAAUACCACCACCAAAACCAGAUUUUUCAGCACCACCUCCUUACGAAGUAGCUACUAAACUACCUAGUUAUGAAGAAGUACAACGCGAAAAGACAUUACAAGGUGAACCUCAUCCUCAAUUGCACAUGCCUGGCAGUAUAAGACCACCACAACAACCAUUGACAAUUCUUGCUAUAGACACAGAAGCUACAGAAGGAGAUCCAGAAAGUGGAUUACUUGGCACUGAUUUUAUGUUUUUUACAGCAUUUUUGGUUGCUUUCUUAUUCAACUGGAUCGGAUUUCUUCUUUUGAUGUGUUUCUGUCAUACGAUUGCUUCUCGUUACGGAGCAUUAUCUGGUUUUGGCCUUUCAUUGACAAAAUGGACAUUGAUUGUUAAACAUUCUACUGAUCUUGCUUCGCGAGAAAACUCAUGGCUAUGGUGGUUGAUAAUGGCAUUUGGUCUCCUAAUUUGCGUACGCGCCAUCAUCCAGUAUUUGAACAUCAAGCGUGGAUGGAGACUACUUUCUGGUAGUGCGCAAGAACGCUUACUGUUUUUCUAUUAAGUUUUUAAACAUGCACUUUUAUCAAUCUUGGCUUUAGAAAAAAAGCAGCAUUUCUAUCUGGGGUUGUACUUGUAUAAUAUAUAAUCGACACCCAUUAAAAUGAAUACUUUAUAUAGCUCUUAUAUUAAUCAAUCGUAAUAAACUAGUACAGACAAAUUUUCAAUAUAAUUUGCCUAAUACACUUCUUAGCAAGAAUAAUAAUUCAAAGUGUAAUAAGGCAAAUUAAUAAAGCAAAGAAGUCAAAGUAAAAUUAGUUUUGCGCACACUACCCAAUUGUUACAAAAGUAGAAGAAAAUCUGUACAUUUUCAUUGUUCAACUGGCACGGUACAAUGCUUCAAACAAAAAAAAAUAGAAAACAAAAUUAUUUGUGCAUUGAUUUGUGUGUGCAAUAUUGUUCAAGAUACCAAUAACUAUAUGAUGUGUGCUAUAAAUAAAAGUAUUACUCAUAAAUAUGAUAUUAUGAGUGAGAGAAUUGUUUAAAGGCCGAGGUGUACGAGAAUUGGUUAAAAAAAAAACAAAAGUAUUGGAAACAAUAGAUUAUUAAAUACAGAGGGAAAAAUUUUUGAUAGUGAUAUUGUGCAAUACACGCUA